GAUUGAUUUCACUCGAAGAUUGAUAAGUUUUUGUUUGGUGGUGCUCGAGUCUUCGUUUGAUGAUCUAAGAAGGGCUCUGUUUUUUCCACGAUGGGCAGUAGUUGUUUGGCUUGUUUUGAUAAGUCGAAAGCAACAACAAGUGUAGAUGUAGAUGUGCCUUUGAAUGGCUCAAAAGAUGUGUUAGUAGAAGAAGAUUGGAGUGAAUUGAGGAAUCCUAGUGUAGCUUCUGAAGAUUUCUGGACUAAUACCACUUUAGAUAUGGAAAGCAAUGCUCACGGAAGUGUUUCUUCAAUCAGUACAACAAAUCUGACUGUUGAUUCUCAAGGAUGUGGUUCCAGCUCUAAUGAACCUGCUGAAUUUGUUAACCAUGGUCUUGUUCUAUGGAAUCAAACUCGGCAACAAUGGGUGGGAAACAAAAAAUCCGAGAGCCGCGAAAAAAUUGUUCGAGAACCGAUUAUAAAUGAGAAUGUGACUUAUGAGAGUCUACUUGGAAGCAACAAGCGGUUUCCAAGGCCUAUACCUCUUGAUGAAAUGGUGCAGUUUCUUGUUGAAGUGUGGGAAGAAGAGGGUCUAUACGGCUGAAAGAUCUCUUCUUUGCAUAUUCACAUUUAUGUUGGAGAAAAAAGCUUUCUUUUGUUUUACUUAACACAAUUCAGAUUCUGUCUAUAAAAUUGGCGAAUUUGU